UCCCUUAUUUCGUCGCUGUCGGGAGGUGAACCGUCGGAAUUUGUCCCAAUCUGCUGCUGGAAAACACACCCUUGUGCUGAAUUGACUCCCUCUGCAUUAUUUACCAAUUGAAAUUUUUGAAAAUUUUCUCUAAAAAGAGUCACUGCAGUCCCGAAACACGUUUCUUUCAGUCCCGAAACUCUUCCAGACUAAUUUUUGCCUGGAAUUUGUGCUUCGCUGUCAGACGGAUGUGCUUUUGGAAUGUGAACAUGCACACUUGAGGAAAGGAAUUUCGCAUGUUUUUAAUUGAAAAAUGGAAACCGUUUUUGAGAUGGAUUGACAUAGAGUGAAGUAGAUCGAAAAUGGAUGAGUGGACGCUGAAUGACCUGCUGGAGUGCUCGGUGUGCUUGGAGCGACUGGACCCAUCAAGUAAAGUGCUCCCUUGUCAACACACCUUUUGCAAGAAAUGCUUAGUUGACAUCAGCGAGACACAGAAAGAGUUGAGAUGUCCGGAGUGCCGGGUUUUGAUCGAAUGUGGAAUCGACGAGCUGCCGCCCAACGUGUUGCUCAUGCGGAUAUUGGAGAGCAUGAAAAAUUCUUACAAGCAACAUCCAAAGGGCAACUCACCAUUGCCUGUGCCCCAGAGCAGCAAACACCACCAUCAGCACAGUCAGCAGCCACGGCAAGCGCCGUCAAAUUCUGGACCGAAACCGGAACAAAGUUCUGUUGAGCCACAAGCAGCUAUUCCAGAGCAUCCAUGUGCAAGAGCCAAGUUUACUUUUGCUUCACCCAAAGCUGGGGAUCUCAACUUCAAGAAGGGUGAUAUGAUAUUGCUGAGGAAGAAAGUUGAUGCCAAUUGGUACCACGGUGAAUGUAAUGGCAACAAAGGAGUAUUUCCUGCCGUUUAUGUUGACGUGCUUACGCCAUUACCUGCACCAGUACCACAAUGCAAAGCUCUCUACGAUUUCAAGAUGAAUUCUGAAGAAGAGGAAGGUUGCUUGACGUUCAAAAAGGGUGAUAUUCUGACUGUCAUAAGGCGAGUGGACGAAAACUGGGCAGAAGGAAGAAUAGGACCUAAAAUUGGAAUCUUCCCUUUGGCGUUUGUUGAUAUGAACCACGUCGCCCGAUCGCUAAUGAAACUCCCUUUGAAUCCAAGUACUCCACCUGCACCUUCAAAAGCAGCUCCCUUGACGCCUGUGGGAAGAGCAGCUCUUCCAACACCAGAAUCCCAUGCCCACAAUUCAUCCCACGGUGACACAAGCGCCUUUCAAUUACCUGCACCGAGCAUCUCACCCCAGCACAGCGAUCAACAGAGUAGUCUUACGCCAAGGACCGCUGCCAUUUCGUUGCAGACGAAAGCAAAGAGGCAAAGUCUGAAUCUUUCACAGCCCUCCAGCACAUCAGAUAGUGUUCCACCUCUUCCCCCGGCUAAUGAUGUUUCGACAAAGCCUCCUGCGGAUACUGAGAAAAUACACAGAAGUCGUGGCUCUUCGAAAAAAUUGUACUCGGACCACAGAAGAAACCUUAAUUUACCUGCAGUUUAUGUAGCUUUAUACCCGUACAAGCCUCAGAAAGCUGACGAACUGGAGUUGGAAAAGGGCGUGCUUUACAAUGUGACGGAAAUAUGCCAAGACGGUUGGUUUAAAGGCACUUCUCGUACAACUAACAAAAGCGGAGUAUUCCCAGGAAAUUACGUCUCUCUUCCGAAAACUCCUGGUGCCAAUGGUCCUGGAAAUCAGUCAAGCCCACACCCAUCCAACAAAACCAAGCAUUCAAGGCCACAAGUUCCUGCCAAAAUGGGGAGCAACACUGAUCCCUCCGGCACUGUGACCGCCAGGCCUGCGCAAAUCAAGAAUUCUGCCACAUCUCCAUUAGAACCGCACAAUGUUCAGUCCAACGCUUGUGUCCCACCUGGACCGCCACCCAGAUCGACCAGCCCUAGUAGUCAUAUUCAUGGACUGAGUUCUAACUUGUGGCAUUCCCCUGCCAAACCUUCACUUUGCAGCCCUGAAGUUAUGGAGAGAACCGUCUCCACAACGGUUGCUCCAUCAAAUAUUUCCCCACUGAGGAAUCAAACUCCUGUAGAAAAAAUUAGAGAUAAGAAGAGCUUAGGAAGCGGACUGAUGCGUCGGCUUGUUACAAUCAAAAACUCCAAAUCGCCGCCAGCUUCCGCUUUCUCUAUUGACAAUCCUGUUUUUGAGGACAACACUCGUAGCGCAAACUUGCUGAAUGACGAGUCUCCAGCAAUAGUCGAGUCAGUGGCCUCGAUCCACUCUAGAUCCAGCUCUCUUUGUGAUUCCAAUGGAAUGCCAACAACUCCAAUGCCCUCAGGCCACAGAAAAUCAAACUCGCUUGACUCCACAAGUGCAGAAAAAGUGAAAAAGAAUAAAGCUUUAUAUCCACCAGUCAGAGAAAGGUUCCGAUGCAUUGUUCCGUAUCCUCCGAAUGGUGAAUAUGAACUGGCACUAGAGGUCGGAGACAUAAUUUACGUCCACAAGAAGCGAGACGAUGGUUGGUUCAGAGGCACUCAAGAGCGCACAGGACGUACUGGUCUGUUUCCAGGUAGCUUUGUCGAGGGUUUCUGAGAAUCGCCUAGGCGGGUGAAAAUGUUGCUGGAAAGUUGCAUAUAGGAGGUUUUGCCCGCCGCUUGUAAAGCCAAUUGAUAACAAACAAAAAUUAAUUAAUACUCUUUAAAAAUCAAAUUGAAAUUUUUCGUGCAAGGUAAUUUUAACGUUUACCUUCUUUACAAAAAUUUUAUGCGGGCUGCAGGGCAACCACGAAAGUGUAUUGUACUCGCGUGCAAGUAGGAGAACCAUGCAUUUUAUACUCUAGUUGAAAUGACACAUACGACGUAUCCAAGAUAAUAAUUAUUGUGGUUAUUUAAUAUACCCAUUAGUCGGACUAAAAUCUUGACAUAAUUAUAAUAAUAUGUUAACUGUUACUCUUAUUAUUCAAGUAAAUAGCGAGAAGUGUAAUAUUAUUGAAAAGUUUGAUUAAAAUUUCGGGUCUCUUUGUGAUGCCAAAGUUGAGUACGCAGUUAACAGAAAUUUCAAGCAACUGCCUCUUUGAAAAACAAGAAACCCCUGUGAUUCGUAUAUUUAUUAUUUCUUUAGCAAGUUGCUUGAGACAAUUGGAUCCCUUUGAUUACAUUUAUUGAUUAAAUAAUAUUUGUCCCAACCAAGUUUUCAAAUGAGACUGAGUAUCGAGCAAGCUUCGAAGUGCAUCAAGUAUUGUAAUGUACAGUAUUUCGUCAUAUUUCAUGUAUCAAGCGAAUUACAAUGUUAUAUAUCGUUGGAACGAUAUUGUAAAAUUAAUAUCACGCCUUGGUGCAAUUAACUUUGGGCGCAGGCUACGUAAAACCACACGUUUUGUAUCUAGCGGAGUAAGAUGUGUUUGUUGUCCCUUCACAAUUUUCAAACUUUUUCACUUAUGUAUGUAUGUGACUUGUGAAAAUAAAUUAGAAGUAAA